UGAUAUGGAGUCUUCGUUAAAAGUCAAACCGCGCUCUGAACAACAAAUUAUCGAUCCAUUCUAGAACCUGGUAACUAUUACAUUUUUACUGCACGAAAUCCAGAAAAUUUGUCAAAAUUGUGUGGACAAUGAGCGAAUCGGGCGUGCGGCAGCGUAAAAAAAGCGCUGGCGACGCAAAGCCCCGAAAGACCCCAAAAGUUCCGCAAAGUACAUCAACAACAACUCAGCACAAUCGUAUGUGGGCACGGUUGGUACUCAUCGUAGGAAUAGCGGUUGUGGUCUAUUUUACAACUUUUCGCUCCAGGGAAAAGAAAUUUGCAACAUACAAAGAAACCCUGGAACUACGAACACAAAAACUGGAUUGUUCCAAACCGUAUUUUGACGAAAUCGCUAAAUUCUCUGGAUGUAUUCCAAUUCACUGCGGUCGCUUCGUUAGCGACAAGAUUGUCGAUGCGUCAGAAGUUGACAUUCUGUUGAAUUUGGCCAGAUCAGGCUUCCAAUUUGGACGUUCUUCGGGCGGAGCUUCUAUUCUAGAUCUUCAUUCGGGUGCCCUUUCAAAGGACACUCAAUUCAUAAAUAUUUACAAGAUCCCGGAAGCAAAAAAAGUUUUCACAACCGAUCACAUCAACACCUACAAGCACGUCAAAGACAAAGUCCAUCAAGCUGUCAGCGAUAAUUUUAAAAUCAACAAAAACUCGCUGUUUCUGACCCAUCCUACCUUCUUCUCGAGACUGACAAACGAAUCGGCCAAAACAAUUCACGAUGAGUAUUGGCAUCCUCAUAUCGACAAGGAUACGUACAGUUCAUUUCAUUACACCACACUGCUGUAUCUAACCGACUUUGGUAAGGAUUUCACCGGGGGACGGUUUGUAUUCAUCGACAGCGCCGGUAAGCAUAAUAAAACCAAUGUAUACAUUGAACCGAAACGAGGCAGAGUCAGUGGGUUCACUUCAGGAGCAGAGAAUGUCCAUUAUGUCGAGCAAGUUGAGGCUGGGGUACGAUAUGCCAUAACAAUAUCCUUCACCUGCAAUAGGGAACAUGCUAUGCUCGACCCACAAUUCUCAAUUGAGGAAGACGACGAGCUUUGAGCAGUUUCUAGUGAAAUGUUCUAAAUUGGAUUUCUUGCAGAGAUCUUUUAUCGGUCUACAAACUUUAAUGCAAGCGUUUUAGUUUUGGCUAACAUAGCGAAAAAAAUUCUCGACAGCGUUUGAAAGUUUAUGUUGCAAUUUUAAAAGCUAGAACAAAAAGCGAACAUUGGCACAUGUUCUACUAGUUUUUUGUUUGGAAUUGUAGUCAGAAAUGCGUAAAGAUACCCUUAGAUUGUUUAUUUCAAUAAAACUAGUCGAUUAUAGAAACCAGUAUUUAUACAGCGUAGUGAUCAAACAUUUCAGUUAGCAUUUACACAAACGAUAUUAAGUUUUAUAUAGAACCAACCGACCAUUCCAACAGUUUAUUGCAUACAUCAGUAUUUUUGCGUAACAGCGUUUAUACGUGCUUGAAAGCACAUGAAACAGCAAAAGAAAGUGCAAGAGCUUGCUUUCGAUUCGUUGGUUAUAUGCAUUAGUCAAUUUUCGUGAUAAUAAACAAUAGUGAAUAUAUCAACCAUUUGGACUUUCGAACAGCCGGUAAAUUCCUUUGAAAGAAAUAACUUCGAUGUAUCCAUCAAACUUGACAUGUAACAUUAUAGUCGUGGUUAUCGAGCGUUUUCUUACGAACCCAUAUUGCCAUGGGAUCAUAGUUUUGUGUAAAUGAGAAAGGCACGAUUGUACUAUUAGAUGGAUUGAAACAGGUUGUAUCUUUUUGAUUGAUGUAGGGUAGAUGUACUAUUUCGAUUCACUAAAACGCUUGUUUAGACAAACAAGUUAAAUUUUAGCUGUUUUUGGGUUGAUAUUACGAAUGUUCUUAUAUUAUUUGAAUAAAACAUGUUUCAACCAGCGAUAA